GCGAGGCGAGACCGCGGCGCGCAGAAGGGCCCGGACAUUUUUUCGCAGUAUACGCGCGAGUGCGAAGCCAAGAGAGCUGCAGGCUCAAUAUCGAAGUGAAUAUUUAACGAAACUAGGAUGUGGGAUGAAGAAGCUGCACCGUGGGACGUUGAAGAACCUGCUCCAGCAGCGGACGCCGAGGGUGCGCCGGCGGAAGGUGCGCCUGCUGAGGGAGCUGCCACCGAGAGACCGGUCUUGAAAUUGUUAAAACUCGAGCCGCCGCAUUAUAAUCAUCACUGGGUUCGUCCACUGUUCCUCAAUUAUGCGUACCUUUACGAUUAUAGGCAGAACUAUUACAACGACGUGAUCGAUUAUCUUAAUUCGAGGCAGAAGGGUCUGUACCGCGAGCCGCCUAGGGCUCAGGAAUGGGCAGAACGGGCUAUGAGGACUUACGAUCAGAAGAACGUAGACAAAAGCUUCAAGCGGUCGGCCGACAUGAAAUACUUAACUAAUAUGAGACUCGAUCAGACACCCAGACACUACAGCUAUCAUACUCGUGCCUACUAUAGUUUGAAGUACCAAAAAAUAUUGUGAAUCCACCGGCCGCUGUUGAGAGCCGUCCCAAAAGGCAACCACAUCAAAGACAACUCUGAAAUUUCACAUAUCCGCUUAUGUGUACGCAGCCUCGUCACGCGUAGGAUCUUUAUCAAUAUUUAUUUUUUAACAUAUGUCUUUCUAAUCGUCUCUACUCUUGCGACUCGAUAAUUUUUAUUAGAUAUUUUGUAUAAGCUAGUGAGAUAAAUAGUAUUGCAAUUCAAAUGUGAUUGGAAUUACUGAUAAAAUCGAUAAUGCAACCGUUACAGUUAAAAUGA